AGGAAAGUUUUGGAGGAAGAAACAACAUCAUACUCAACGUAUAACGCAAGGUCUAAGAUCUCUGCAACAGACAGGGUGAAGGUUUUAGCUAGUGAGCUAAUCAUUAAUGCUAUGGUUCAUGCUUUCGCUAAGCUAGGACAGGGUGUGUUUAAACAUGGCAUCCAGCCACAUCUUUCGGGCCAAACUGUAGAACCACAGCCAUGGGAAGAAGGAAGAAUUUCAGACACACUCUGCAAAGACUCGAUCAACUCCCACAAAGCCAAACCCUUCAGAUUUUGCAGCGAUAAAUCAGAACUGAGCCCUAUUACUGAUGACGCCAUAAAAGUGAAAUCAUUGGUAGACACAUUUGCCAACGACUUUGCAGAAGACGUUCUUCAGCAUUCUGUGUGUGACGCUUCCAGCUUACGCUUUAACUAUAAGCAAUCUCAGCGAGUAGAAAUUGGCCCAGAGAAAGACUUUAAACCAUGGCUAAUCAAAAUGUGUGCUGGGGAAAGUCCUGUCCAGGAACUGCAGUGUGCUCUACUCUGGGCCUCAGCCUCUCACAAAGGGACUAAAACACUUCAGUUUGAGCUUCCAGACAAAAGCCUUCAACAAAAGCUUUGCAGACUCUCUCGGAGUGGCUGUCUGAAUGGCUGGACGGUGGGUGCUUUGGUGGCUUCUCUCUAUGAGUUUUGUGACAUGCAUCAAGAGACCAGCAGAGGGCUCCAUAAGAGCUCCGAUUCUCUCCUGGAGCAUCUGCAGCACCUGAUUGACAAUGUGCGUUUAAACUGAUCUUGAAGCUUUACCCUUGCAGAACUGGUCAGUGAUCCAUGCAACAGCCCCUGAAAUAAAAAUGGAAACAGACAGACAUUCAUCUUCAUCCACACAAUCUUUCACAUCCCAAACAUUAAUAAAAGGAGACUAAGUCAUAACAAUGCAUAAACAGUAACAAUCAAUUUCACUCUGACCUAUUGAAAAUGAGCCCUUAAAGACAAAACAGCUGUAUGCACGCUGUCUGUUUAUACCAAAAUAAGAUCCGCUCUCCCGGUCCAAGCGCUCAAACCACAGCCAUUAUUAGGUAAGAGGAAAUCUGACUACAAAUCAUCUUUGGACGUUACUACCACCCAAAACACACUGACACAUUCUUGACCAAAGAUCCUGUAUUCUGUAUGUUCCUGUGUUGUUAUUUUUCAAAAAUAUGUCAGUACCUAUAAUAAAGUGUGUCUGAAAAUGA